CGGAACUUUAAUAUAAGAAAACAACAAUGGUGAUUUCAUUCUAAACAGAACCAGACAAAGAUAUCGAGAGAGAUCUUUCUAAUUGCGUUCACGGACUAACUUAUCAUGGCGUUGACUAUAUCCGAUAUGCAUGAUAUGUUGGAGACUAUACAGAAUGUUAUGCAAGAUCUCCAACAGACACAGAACCGCGUCAAAGACAGAACAAGUGCUGGACACAUAAAAGGUGGACUGAGUAAUGAGAUAAAACGACUUGCAGGAAUCGAGGAGCGUUUAGUCAAAGUCGAAAAUACUUCAUGCAGACAUUCAUCCCAGCUGCAAGCAAUACUUGGAACAGUUGAAAAGUUAUCUGAGAAAUUAGAUAUUUUUUCUAUUGCUUGUAAGAACAGAAAAAGUGCUAUAAAACCUACGGAAUCAAAUCAACGAACAUUGCAAUCAGAAAUUUAUUCAGAUCAGACGGGGCGUAAUCAGGCAAAAGAGGAAACUAUCACACCAUGCACAAAAAGUUUUAAAGAACCAUAUAAAGAAGGACAGGCAAGUUGUUCAAAAUUCAAGAAAGACGAUUUAUUGCCAGUGAAAGAUGAUAAUGAUCACCAAUUAAACAGUGGAUAUCCAAAUAUUUCGGGAACUAAACCUUCGGAAAAUUCAAAUCCACGGGUAACAGUAACAAAUCGCCGAAGUCAGGUAGAAGAUAAUGCUAGCAAAGUAGAUCCAGCAACUUCUAAACAAGAAAUGCAACAGAAAGCAAAGAUAAUAAAAUCUAAAAAUGGUUUCAAACUAAGCAGAUCUAAUGCCGACUUCGACAACAGAAUGUGUUAUAAUAGAAAGAAAAGAUGCUUUCAAGGUGAAAUGUUACAUCCACCAAUUGCAACAGCCGAAAACCAAAGUCAUAAAGUACCUGCGCCUAAUAUGAUUAUCAAUAAUUUGAAAGAUAGGAGACAAAACAAGGAAACAAACGUUGGAGCGUCUGGAAAACAGAGGGGAAUGAUGACAAUGGCUCAGAUGGCUGAAAAAGAUUUUGACAGUGUACAGAAAGUUCAUUCAUACGAAGAAUGGUUGCAAAUUGCAACACAGUCGCAAAUGGAAGCUGCCAUGAAAAUGUUUUUAAGUCAUGGGAAAUUGAGUUCCCGCGGACAUAAUUAUAUGUUAUUGUUGGACACAUCAGAGAGUAUGCAAGGAGAAAAAUUUGAGACAAUGAUAAAAACUGCUACUAACUUCAUCGAUGGUCUACAUCGGAUAAGUUUACGAUUCGGUAUACGAGAUAAUGUUGGACUAGCUCAUUUUGGGAAAGACCCUGAAUUGAUCAUUCAUCCUCUGGCAGAUUAUGAUGGUAUCAAGACAGAAAUAGCCAAAUUGAGACCUGGUGGUCCGUCUCCACUAGCAGCGGGUCUGUUAAUGGCAUUGUCUGGCAUUACUCACUGUGGUCCCACUACCAUCGAAAACCAUGAUUUCCUACCGUAUAUUAUUGUGAUAACGGAUGGAAUGCCAACUCGAGUAGAUGCCCCUGGUGAAGAAGACAGAGACAGUAUUGGUGCGCUAUCAGUAUCGUCUUUACUGACUAUACUUAAUUUAGUGAGGGAUAGUGAAAUAGAUAAAACUGUUACAAAUAUUGCACGUCGAGGAAUGAAAAUAUUCUGUGUACCAGUAGGAGGUGCGAACACUGAUAUUAUGAAUAUGGUUGUGAAAAGGACUUUUGGCAAGAUGAUUCCACCAGAUCAGAUUCAUCGUCUUGCACAAAAUACACAGAUUCUGAUCCAUGCAGCAGAAAUAGCAAACAUAUUAGAGAAAAAUUCUGAGUUUACUAAAACCUCUGUUAAAACAGCUGUUCGUGCUGCCAGUCUUCAUGAAUUAGAUGCAUAUGAUGACAUCACGGAUAACGUUAUGUUUUUACUGGAUCCUGCAACGCAGUAUCGUGGUUGGUUCAAACAACCAAAAUGUCAAGCUGUUCAGUUAGGAACACGUGUUCGACGAGGACCAAAUUGGCAAUGGAAAAUUCAAGAUUCGAACAUGGCUGGUACCGUUAUUGGUGAAGAUAAAGAUGGAAUGAUAUGGGUUGAAUGGGACAGUGGGCACAAGAAUUGUUAUCAUUAUGAUGAAGGCAAAAAACGUUUUGAUAUUAAACCUGUAAAUGAACCUAGACGAUUAGUAGAUGAGAUGAUUGCUGUUGGAUGCAAAGUUAAAAGAGGUAAAGAUUGGAAGUAUGAUGAACAGGAUGGCGGCAGAGGUAGCAGAGGAACUAUACUGCGUGUUGAAUCAAAUGGAAAAGUUGUGGUUCAUUGGGAUCGAGGAAGACUUGGAAUAUACAAAUUUGCAUGUGAUGGUUUAUUUGAUGUGGCAGUCUGCGAGGAUGGUCUUACAAUAAGUUCACCGGAUUUAAUAGAGGAUGAGCAAAAUAGCCGACAGGAAAUGAUGUCUGAUUUACCACUUAUACUUCCUUCCCAUACCAACAAAAUGAAGCCAGUUAAAUCUACCUGGCAGUACCAAAAUGCUAAUGGUAACUGGGAGUCUUAUGAUGAAGAAACUAAUGUAAAGAUAGACCGUGCUUACAGCAGAAAACCAAACGGUAAAUGUAUCGUGGAAAUAAACAAAACAGUGCAUGUUGUACUGUUUUCAAAGAUGAUUCAAGAAAACCAAACAGACCAUAGCUCAGUUCCUGUCCAACGAUUAGAUAAAACAACCGAUCUAACAGAGUUGAAACAAUGAAAUCCAAUUUUGACAAUAUGAAGUAUGUAGACUAAAAGGAUCAGCCUGAUGGAUGUUUAAAUGUAUAUCGUUUUUAUUAUAGUUAUAUUUAUAAGUACACAUAUUCAUUCUAUAAUGUGCUAUCUUAGAGAGAGAAAAAUGCAUAAAAGACAUUUUGUAGUUAUGUAACAAACAAAAACCUGCUAAUAUAUUUGUUAGCAAUACCUUUCCAUAGAACACCAUGUCCUGGUCAAACUUUACCAUUUCUUUGUUCAGUAAAUAGCGUCAAAACCAUAAUUUUGGCAAAUAUGUUAAAAAGUGCACAUCAUGAUAAUCUUGGGUACUAAGAUCAAGUUGAUUUGAACAUAGAUUCUUGGUUAAAAUUCAACCAAAACUUUAACCUGAUACGGCACGGACCAAUGGACUAACAAACGGAAGCAUACUAGAAAACAAUAAAAAAUUCAUUCUUGACCUAAUUGUUAUUCAUUAGUAUAUCAAUAUAUCCUAUAGGUUUAUUUUAAUGUAUUUUAUAAACUGUUUUGAAUUUUUGUUAAAAUUGUUUUUAGAAAGGGUAAAUACUUUGAAAACGUAUUUUUUUGUAUAUGCGUAUUGUAGUGUAAUUAGACCAUCAGUAUUUAAUUUUUGCAUAAACCAAGUCAGGUUAUCUGGAUCGUAUGUAGCUCAUUGUGGUUUUUCUCUGAUAAAAGGAAUUACCAAAAAUAUUGUAAAACACAACAGACUAAACCAACCACCAAUUUGCAAUACACAACUUUUCACUCCAAAAAAAAAGUACAAAGACAAAGAAGAACAAAUCGUCUACUUGGCCUCAUUUGAUUGAGGCACAAUAUGUGGUUUGGGUUAAACCAGUUUUACGUACGCACAAACCUACCACUUUGCCUAUCUUAACCAUAUGUAAUAAAAAUAAAACACGCCAUAGAAACCUGGCACACUUCAGCUACAUCAGUUUUCUAAACUGAUCUUACGUUUUAAUUUGCAUUAGGGCAGUCUAUUUGAAGACGUAUGUGAUAAGGAUGAUUAUUAUUAUAUGUGUUAUUACUGAUUUCUAAUCACAUGUUGGUGUCACAAAAUGGCAAUACAAAAAAAACUGAGUUUAUGAUGAGUGAAAGCGACAACGAUGACAAUGUGUUAUUUAAUUGUAAUGGUAUAUUUUUUAAAUAUCUGUGAUAUAUUUAAACAAAUCUGUGAUAAAAAUAUUAGUUUCAAUAAAUUUGUCUCGCAUGUAAAUCAAAGUUGAAUAGUUUUUUUUAAAAAAUGCAGAAAAAAAUUAGACAGAAAAGAUAAUAGAUAAUAAAAGAUAAUAAGAUGGUAAAAAUGGAAACUGCUACCAUCCCACUCACCCAAUAUAUAAACCUUUAAAAAAACAGAGGUAAGAAAAAAGAAAAACAACAAUACUUAAAAGCAUGGUAUGGAACGUAAAUUAUUCUAUCCAAUUCGGUGUGUGAUUUAUUGGCAUUUGAUACUUAAACCUUUAAAUAGCCUUUUGUUACAUUUGAUAUGCAUGUUGUAAAAUCUUGAAGGAAAAUCUUUAAAGAAAAUUCAUCGAGCUGUUUAAGUUCUUUUGUACUAAUUUUACGUCAAUGACAUGGAAAUUGAAAUGUUAAAUAAAGGUUGUCAGCGUCGUGAAUUAAAAAUGUGUAUUUGUAUUUGAUUAUGUAUGCUGAUGCAGUUUUGAUCAGUUAAAAUACUUCUGAUUUACAAAAAUGUAAUUGAUUUUGUCAGCGCUUACUCAAAUGAAUAUGACUUACAUGUAGAUAUUGCGAAAACAAAUACUGUAAUAGAAAUGGAGGGCUAAUUAAAGUCAAUAAGGGGUGUUUUUUAAAUGGGAAACUAAUAGACUCAUUGGAUCAAUUUGUAUAUCCUGGUUUAUUGUUCAGAUAUGCCGGUUCUUUAGUUCAAACUCAAAACAUGUUAGCACAUCAAGCAAAAUAGGCAGUAUUUAGUCUCUUUAGUAAAACAUAUGAUGAUUGUUUUAAUCACGAAACUCUGGUUUCAAUAUUUGACAAAUGUAUAUCUUGUAUCCUAAAUUAGAUUGUGAAGUUUGAGGACACUGCAAAAUAGAUGAUGUUGAAAAGGUGAUUUAACCUUCUUAAAACAUAUUCUUAAAGUAAUAAUUCAACUGUUAACUAUAUUGUAUUUUGUGAAUAAGGAAGAUUCCCUAUAUUUGUCAAUAGAUAUUGUAAAAUGCUGAAAUAUUGGUUCAAACUAUUAUACAUUGAUAACUUUAAAGUGUUGUUAUGAAGAAAUCUUAUAAAGGUCUAUUGUUAAAUAUAAUGAAAAGUACAACUGGGCAUGUAAAAUUAGAUAUAUUUUUUAACAAUGUGGAAAUUAUUAUGUAUGGUAUUACCAAGGUGUUGAUAAUACUGAAUUAUUUCUACACGAAUUCAGAGAAAGCGUGAGGAAUAAUUUUGCUACUGAAAUGAAUGCUUUUUUUUAAAAAUCAUCGAAAUGUUAUUUUUAUAGAUUUAUUUAUUAUCAUAUGGGUUGCAAUUAUAUUAAGGACGCACUGUGAAUUAUAUAUACAUAUCGUUUCUUCGGAAAUGCCUGUACCAAAUCGGGAAUAUGGCAGUUAUUUUUCACUUGUUCCGUAGAUUGAUAAACGUUUGAUUUUGUCAGUUUUCAUGGACUUCCCCUUUUGGAAUUUGCCUUGGAUUUCGGUAUUUUUGUUAUACUUUUUUUAUCUUCUCAAAGCUUAACUGUAGAAAACGGUAGAUAUUAUAACACUGAUAGACAAAUGCGUUUAUGUCAGAUGUGUGAUUUAAUUGAAGACGAGUAUUUUAUUUUAGUUUGUGAAAAAAUAUGCCAGUUUAAGAAAAAUUUAUAUUAAAUUAAAUUGAGAAUGGAAAUGGGGAAUGUGUCAAAGAGACAACAACCCGACCAUAGAACAGACAACAGCAGAAGGUCGCCAACAGGUCUUCAAUGCAGCGAGAAAUUCCCGCACCCGGAGGUGUCCUUCAGCUGGCCCCUAAACAAAUAUAUAUACUAGUUCAGUGAUAAUGAACGCCAUACUAAACUCCAAAUUGUACACAAGAAACUAAAAUUAAAAAUAAUACAAGACUAACAAAGGCUAGAGGCUCCUGACUUGGGACAGGCGCAAAAAUGCGGCGAGGUUAAACAUGUUUAUGAGAUCUCAACCCUCCCCCUAUACCUCUAGCCAAUGUAGAAAAGUAAACGCAUAACAAUACGCACAUUAAAAUUCAGUUCAAGAGAAGUCCGAGUCUGAUGUCAGAAGAUGUAACCAAAGAAAAUAAACAAAAUGACAAUAAUACAUAAAUAACAACAGACUACUAGCAGUUAACUGACAUGCCAGCUCCAGACUUCAAUUAAACUGAUUGAAAGAUUAUGUCUUCAUCAUAUGAAUAUCAGGCACAAUCCUUCCCGUUAGGGGUUUAGUAUCAUACCAUCAUAACAUAUAUGAGAAGAACAUAACCCGUGUCAUGCCAACAACUGGUUUUUAAAUAAUUGUGUUUAGUGCCGAUGCAAAGACCCUAUAAGUGAAUCAAUAUUAACGCCAAAAUAUGCAAUCUUUAAUAACCUGACAACAGUAUCGUAACUAUAUCCCUUCUUAAUAAGUCUAUUUAAAGGUUUUAUUAGCUUCAGAGGUGAAUACUGACAUUUUUGUGCUUUAUAAAGAAUAUUUCCAUAAAAAAUUGGAUGUGAAAUACCUGAACGUAUAAGAAGUCUGCAUGUUGAGCUAUAUUUACGAAUGAUGUCCUUAUACCGAUGAUAAAAUUUAGUAAAUGUUUUGACUAGUUUGUGAUAUCGAAAACCCUGGUGUAAUAAUUUUUCAGUAAUACAUAAAUUUCUCUCGUUAAAAUCUAAAACAUUGUUACAUACACGAGCGAAUCGUACAAGUUGAGAUAUAUAAACACCGUAAGAUGGUGACAAGGGAACGUCACCAUCUAAAAAUGGAUAAUUAACGAUAGGAAAUGAAAAAUCAUCUCUUUUGUCAUAUAUUUUAGUAUUAAGCUUUCCAUUAAUGAUAUAGAUAUCAAGAUCGAGGAAAGGGCAGUGGUCAUUGUUAGUAUUAGCUUUAUUUAAAGUAAGUUCAACAGGAUAAAUUUCUUUAGUAUACAUACUGAAGUCGUCAUUAUUGAGAGCCAAAAUAUCAUCCAAAUAUCUAAAAGUAUUAUUAAAUUUGUGUAUCAGAUGUUGUUUCGAUGGGUCUUUGCUGAUUUUUGUCAUAAAUUGUAACUCAUAGCAAUACAAAAAAAGGUCCGCAAUAAGUGGUGCACAGUUAGUCCCCAUUGGAAUUCCGAUAACCUGACGAUAUACGGAAUCUCCAAAGCGAACAAAAAUGUUAUCUAGUAAAAAUUCAAGGGCAUAUAUAGUAUCAAGGCAUGUCCAAUUGACAUCGUUUUUUUGUUUAUUGCUACUAAAAAAUGACCUAAAAGAGUUUGAACAUAUAUAUUCACAUUCUGACUUUAUAAAUGCCCAUUUAAUUAGGUGUGUGAAUUUUUUCUUAAUGAGAAUGUGAGGCAAUGUGGUAUAUAGGGUAGAAAAAUCACCAAUAAAACAUGUUAUUAGAGAAGACCAUCCAGUUUCAAACUUGUAUAACUAUUGUCUGCAUAUGUCUAUACUGUCAAAUAAUUGAUUAAUUUAAGAAAAUAUUUAUAUCUUGAUGAAAAGAUUCGUAAUUGUUGACUGUAUUGUAUAUUCUCUGCCGUUGUGAUUUCAAAUUGUUUGUACAUUAAUUAUUGGCUGGACACUAAUGCUAUUGUACUGUGAAUAUUUGUUAAAUGUAUAUAUUCUAUGAGCUAUUACAAAUAAUGUUAAUAUCUUUAUUAAAAAAUCAAUAAGGUUGAA